AUGCAAGCUACUUUAAUUGCACUUUCUGGCAUGCUGGCUCUGGCCCGCGCCAAUCCUAUUGUUGAGAACAUCGGCAAGAGGGACGUUAUCGGCGCGCUUGAUGAGAGCGCGGACCAGUCUGAGAUUGACGUCCAGCCGCUCCUUGACUUUGACAGUGAUGGCUGCUACCAGACGUCUGCCAUUGACAAGGACGGCAAGACCAAUCCUGGGCAUGGCGCCACCGGCACGCCGCAGGGCGACUGCCGCGAUGCCCAUCAGCUCGACAACGCCAACUCGUACUCGCGCAAGCGCUGCAACAACGGGAUUUGUGCAAUCAUGUACGAGACGUAUUACGAAAAGGACCAGGCGGUAGCGGGAUCCUUUCUCGGGGGCCACCGCCACGACUGGGAAAACAUUGUCGUCUUCACAAGGGGCAACGACGUGGUGCGGGUGGCGCUGUCGUGCCACGGCAAGUACGACAACGCGCGCAACGACUUUCCGCUGCGCGACAGGCAUGCGCUGCUGGUGUACCACAAGGAUGGCGCGGGCACGCAUUGCUACCGGUUCGCAAACGACGAUGACGUGGCGCACCCGGAGAACCCACGGGGGAACUUUUUCCGCGCGCCGCUGGUGGGCUGGGACCGGUGGCCGAGCGUGGAGUUGCGGAACAAGAUGCUGGAUGCGUGGAAGGGAGGCGUAGGACCGAAGCUUGAUGAUGAGUUUGAGGGGGCGUUGAGGGAGGCGGCGGGGGAUGGGGUGCAUGGGUUUGAUCCGGCAAAGGAUGAGUGA